UAGAGGAUCAUGCGUGUCUAUUUCGUCGCGGUUUUGGCCGGUAUCUUGGCUCUCGGAGCGGCCCAAUCUCAAUCUUCAACGGUUACGGCAGUGGCUACCCAGGAUAAGCCCCAGUCCAGCCCGUGUUGUGAAAGUGUUAGACAAACUCUAAUAGAAAUAAGAAAGGAUAUCCGCCUGUGGCUGCUCGACAGGCUUUUUGGAAAACUGAUUCUCUUGCAUGACGGCGAACUGCUAGGAAAUCCCAACUAUGUGAACUGUGCAAACGGAAAAAAUCAGGCUCAGCUAACCGACGAGAGCUCGACUAUCUUCGAUCAACUGGAUAACCAUAACAGUCCUUCUACUACUUCGGAAGGCCCCGAAAUACUAAACGAUGGUCUGCCCAGUCAGACAUCCACGAAAACCUCUACAGACGAAGAACAAUCCACAACCUCUUCUGAUCCCUUUGUUGAAGAAUCUCAAGAAGGCUCCUCACAUGGAAAUGGAAGCUCUACCCAGUCAUCCACCACCACAACUACAACCACAACUGCUUCGGAUGAGGGACAAUCAACUACCUCUUCUGAUCCCGUUGUUGAGGUGACUUCGGGCAGCUCCUCCGAUGGAAAUGGCAGCUCCAGCCAGUCAUCCACCACCACAACAACAACCACAACUGCUUCGGAUGAAGGACAAUCAACUACCUCUUCUGAUCCCGAUGUUGAAGUAUCCUCGGGCACCUCCUCUGAUGGAAAUGGCAACUCCAGCCAGUCAUCCACCACCACAACAACAACCACAACUGCUUCGGAUGAGGGACAAUCAACUACCUCUUCUGAUCCCGUUGUUGAGGUGACUUCGGGCACCUCCUCUGAUGGAAAUGGCAACUCUACCCAGUCAUCCACCACCACAACAACAACCACAACUGCUUCGGAUGAAGGACAAUCAACUACCUCUUCUGAUCCCGUUGUUGAAGUAUCCUCGGGCACCUCCUCCGAUGGAAAUGGCAACUCCAGUAAGUCAUCCACCACCACAACAACAACCACAACUGCUUCGGAUGAAGGACAAUCAACUACCUCUUCUGAUCCCGAUGUUGAGGUGACUUCGGGCAGCUCCUCCGAUGGAAAUGGCAGCUCCAGCCAGUCAUCCACCACUACAACAACAACCACAACUGCUUCGGAUGAGGGACAAUCAACUACCUCUUCUGAUCCCGUAGUUGAAGUAUCCUCGGGCACCUCCUCCGAUGGAAAUGGCAACUCCAGCCAGUCAUCCACCACCACAACAACAACCACAACUGCUUCGGAUGAGGGACAAUCAACUACCUCUUCUGAUCCCGUUGUUGAGGUGACUUCGGGCACCUCCUCUGAUGGAAAUGGCAACUCUACCCAGUCAUCCACCACCACAACAACAACCACAACUGCUUCGGAUGAAGGACAAUCAACUACCUCUUCUGAUCCCGUUGUUGAGGUGACUUCGGGCACCUCCUCUGAUGGAAAUGGCAACUCUACCCAGUCAUCCACCACCACAACAACAACCACAACUGCUUCGGAUGAAGGACAAUCAACUACCUCUUCUGAUCCCGAUGUUGAGGUGACUUCGGGCAGCUCCUCCGAUGGAAAUGGCAGCUCCAGCCAGUCAUCCACCACCACAACAACAACCACAACUGCUUCGGAUGAAGGACAAUCAACUACCUCUUCUGAUCCCGUUGUUGAAGUAUCCUCGGGCACCUCCUCCGAUGGAAAUGGCAACUCCAGUAAGUCAUCCACCACCACAACAACAACCACAACUGCUUCGGAUGAAGGACAAUCAACUACCUCUUCUGAUCCCGUUGUUGAGGUGACUUCGGGCACCUCCUUCGAUGGAAAUGGCAACUCCAGCCAGUCAUCCACCACCACAACAACAACCACAACUGCUUCGGAUGAGGGACAAUCAACUACCUCUUCUGAUCCCGUUGUUGAGGUGACUUCGGGCACCUGCUCUGAUGGAAAUGGCAACUCUACCCAGUCAUCCACCACCACAACAACAACCACAACUGCUUCGGAUGAAGGACAAUCAACUACCUCUUCUGAUCCCGUUGUUGAAGUAUCCUCGGGCACCUCCUCCGAUGGAAAUGGCAACUCCAGUAAGUCAUCCACCACCACAACAACAACCACAACUGCUUCGGAUGAAGGACAAUCAACUACCUCUUCUGAUCCCGAUGUUGAGGUGACUUCGGGCAGCUCCUCCGAUGGAAAUGGCAGCUCCAGCCAGUCAUCCACCACUACAACAACAACCACAACUGCUUCGGAUGAGGGACAAUCAACUACCUCUUCUGAUCCCGUAGUUGAAGUAUCCUCGGGCACCUCCUCCGAUGGAAAUGGCAACUCCAGCCAGUCAUCCACCACCACAACAACAACCACAACUGCUUCGGAUGAGGGACAAUCAACUACCUCUUCUGAUCCCGUUGUUGAGGUGACUUCGGGCACCUCCUCUGAUGGAAAUGGCAACUCUACCCAGUCAUCCACCACCACAACAACAACCACAACUGCUUCGGAUGAAGGACAAUCAACUACCUCUUCUGAUCCCGUUGUUGAGGUGACUUCGGGCACCUCCUCUGAUGGAAAUGGCAACUCUACCCAGUCAUCCACCACCACAACAACAACCACAACUGCUUCGGAUGAAGGACAAUCAACUACCUCUUCUGAUCCCGAUGUUGAGGUGACUUCGGGCAGCUCCUCCGAUGGAAAUGGCAGCUCCAGUAAGUCAUCCACCACCACAACAACAACCACAACUGCUUCGGAUGAAGGACAAUCAACUACCUCUUCUGAUCCCGAUGUUGAGGUGACUUCGGGCAGCUCCUCCGAUGGAAAUGGCAGCUCCAGUAAGUCAUCCACCACCACAACAACAACCACAACUGCUUCGGAUGAAGGACAAUCAACUACCUCUUCUGAUCCCGAUGUUGAGGUGACUUCGGGCACCUCCUCCGAUGGAAAUGGCAGCUCCAGCCAGUCAUCCACCACCACAACAACAACCACAACUGCUUCGGAUGAAGGACAAUCAACUACCUCUUCUGAUCCCGUUGUUGAAGUAUCCUCGGGCACCUCCUCCGAUGGAAAUGGCAACUCCAGUAAGUCAUCCACCACCACAACAACAACCACAACUGCUUCGGAUGAAGGACAAUCAACUACCUCUUCUGAUCCCGUUGUUGAGGUGACUUCGGGCACCUCCUCUGAUGGAAAUGGCAACUCUACCCAGUCAUCCACCACCACAACAACAACCACAACUGCUUCGGAUGAGGGACAAUCAACUACCUCUUCUGAUUCCGUUGUUGAGGUGACUUCGGGCAGCUCCUACGAUGGAAAUGGCAACUCCAGCCAGUCAUCCACCACCACAACAACAACCACAACUGCUUCGGAUGAAGGACAAUCAACUACCUCUUCUGAUCCCGUUGUUGAAGUAUCCUCGGGCACCUCCUCCGAUGGAAAUGGCAACUCCAGUAAGUCAUCCACCACCACAACAACAACCACAACUGCUUCGGAUGAAGGACAAUCAACUACCUCUUCUGAUCCCGAUGUUGAGGUGACUUCGGGCAGCUCCUCCGAUGGAAAUGGCAGCUCCAGCCAGUCAUCCACCACUACAACAACAACCACAACUGCUUCGGAUGAAGGACAAUCAACUACCUCUUCUGAUCCCGUUGUUGAAGUAUCCUCGGGCACCUCCUCCGAUGGAAAUGGCAACUCCAGCCAGUCAUCCACCACCACAACAACAACCACAACUGCUUCGGAUGAGGGACAAUCAACUACCUCUUCUGAUCCCGUUGUUGAGGUGACUUCGGGCACCUCCUCUGAUGGAAAUGGCAACUCUACCCAGUCAUCCACCACCACAACAACAACCACAACUGCUUCGGAUGAAGGAAAAUCAACUACCUCUUCUGAUCCCGUUGUUGAAGUAUCCUCGGGCACCUCCUCUGAUGGAAAUGGCAGCUCCAGCCAGUCAUCCACCACCACAACAACAACCACAACUGCUUCGGAUGAAGGAAAAUCAACUACCUCUUCUGAUCCCGUUGUUGAAGUAUCCUCGGGCACCUCCUCCGAUGGAAAUGGCAACUCUACCCAGUCAUCCACCACCACAACAACAACCACAACUGCUUCGGAUGAGGGACAAUCAACUACCUCUUCUGAUCCCGUUGUUGAAGUAUCCUCGGGCACCUCCUCCGAUGGAAAUGGCAACUCCAGCCAGUCAUCCACCACUACAACAACAACCACAACUGCUUCGGAUGAGGGACAAUCAACUACCUCUUCUGAUCCCGUUGUUGAAGUAUCCUCGGGCACCUCCUCCGAUGGAAAUGGCAACUCCAGUAAGUCAUCCACCACCACAAUAACAACCACAACUGCUUCGGAUGAAGGACAAUCAACUACCUCUUCUGAUCCCGUUGUUGAGGUGACUUCGGGCACCUCCUCUGAUGGAAAUGGCAACUCUACCCAGUCAUCCACCACCACAACAACAACCACAACUGCUUCGGAUGAGGGACAAUCAACUACCUCUUCUGAUUCCGUUGUUGAGGUGACUUCGGGCAGCUCCUACGAUGGAAAUGGCAACUCCAGCCAGUCAUCCACCACCACAACAACAACCACAACUGCUUCGGAUGAAGGACAAUCAACUACCUCUUCUGAUCCCGUUGUUGAGGUGACUUCGGGAACCUCCUUUGAUGAAAAUGGCAACUCUACCCAGUCAUCCACCACCACAACAACAACCACAACUGCUUCGGAUGAAGGACAAUCAACUACCUCUUCUGAUCCCGUUGUUGAAGUAUCCUCGGGCACCUCCUCUGAUGGAAAUGGCAACUCUACCGAGUCAUCCACCACCACAACAACAACCACAACUGCUUCGGAUGAAGGACAAUCAACUACCUCUUCUGAUCCCGUUGUUGAAGUAUCCUCGGGCACCUCCUCUGAUGGAAAUGGCAACUCUACCGAGUCAUCCACCACCACAACAACAACCACAACUGCUUCGGAUGAAGGACAAUCAACUACCUCUUCUGAUCCCGUUGUUGAAGUAUCCUCGGGCACCUCCUCUGAUGGAAAUGGCAACUCUACCGAGUCAUCCACCACCACAACAACAACCACAACUGCUUCGGAUGAAGGACAAUCAACUACCUCUUCUGAAUCCGCUGUUGCGGUAACCCAGGGUAGCUCUUCAACUGCCAAUGGAAGCUCGGGAAAAACGACGUCAACUUCCACUACAACCACAACCUCAUCUUCUUCUGACGAAGUCGAACCUGUUUCUAAGGUAACUGUGGGGGGCUCUAAGAAAAGUUCCAAAAAAGUGAAGUCUUCGAAAACAACAAGUACAAGCAAGACCACUAAGGGAAGCAAAUCGAAUUCUUCAACCAAAGGAGGAAAGUCGACGACAACCACCACAAAAACCACAAAGACGUACACUUCCACCUCGAACGGAAGCUCCGUCCCUUCUUCUAGCCAAACUACAACGACCAUAACAACUUCGAAUGAUGGUCAGACCACGGUUUCUGCUGAUCCAGUUGUUGAAGUAACUCAGGGUACCUCUUCAACUGUUGAUGGUGGUUCUUCAAGCUCGACCACUAAGGGAAGCAAAUCGAAUUCUUCAACCAAAGGAGGAAAGUCGACGACAACCACCACAAAAACCACAAAGACGUACACUUCCACCUCGAACGGAAGCUCUGUUCCUUCUAGUCAAACGACAACGACCAUAACCACUUCUAAUGAUGGUCAGACCACGGUUUCUUCUGAUCCUGUUGUUGAAGUAACUCAGGGUUCCUCUUCAACUGAUGAUGGAAGUUCUUCAAGCUCGACCACUAAGGGAAGCAAAUCGAAUUCUUCAACCAAAGGAGGAAAGUCGACGACAACCACCACAAAAACCACAAAGACGUACACUUCCACCUCGAACGGAAGCUCUGUUCCUUCUAGUCAAACGACAACGACCAUAACCACUUCUAAUGAUGGUCAGACCACGGUUUCUUCUGAUCCUGUUGUUGAAGUAACUCAGGGUUCCUCUUCAACUGAUGAUGGAAGUUCUUCAAGCUCGACCACUAAGGGAAGCAAAUCGAAUUCUUCAACCAAAGGAGGAAAGUCGACGACAACCACCACAAAAACCACAAAGACGUACACUUCCACCUCGAACGGAAGCUCUGUUCCUUCUAGUCAAACGACAACGACCAUAACCACUUCUAAUGAUGGUCAGACCACGGUUUCUUCUGAUCCUGUUGUUGAAGUAACUCAGGGUUCCUCUUCAACUGAUGAUGGAAGUUCUUCAAGCUCGACCACUAAGGGAAGCAAAUCGAAUUCUUCAACCAAAGGAGGAAAGUCGACGACAACCACCACAAAAACCACAAAGACGUACACUUCCACCUCGAACGGAAGCUCUGUUCCUUCUAGUCAAACGACAACGACCAUAACCACUUCUAAUGAUGGUCAGACCACGGUUUCUUCUGAUCCUGUUGUUGAAGUAACUCAGGGUUCCUCUUCAACUGAUGAUGGAAGUUCUUCAAGCUCGACCACUAAGGGAAGCAAAUCGAAUUCUUCAACCAAAGGAGGAAAGUCGACGACAACCACCACAAAAACCACAAAGACGUACACUUCCACCUCGAACGGAAGCUCCGUCCCUUCUUCUAGCCAAACUACAACGACCAUAACAACUUCGAAUGAUGGUCAGACCACGGUUUCUGCUGAUCCAGUUGUUGAAGUAACUCAGGGUACCUCUUCAACUGUUGAUGGUGGUUCUUCAAGCUCGACCACUAAGGGAAGCAAAUCGAAUUCUUCAACCAAAGGAGGAAAGUCGACGACAACCACCACAAAAACCACAAAGACGUACACUUCCACCUCGAACGGAAGCUCUGUUCCUUCUAGUCAAACGACAACGACCAUAACCACUUCUAAUGAUGGUCAGACCACGGUUUCUUCUGAUCCAGUUGAAGAAACAACCUCUUCAACUGUUGAUGGUGGUUCUUCAAGCUCGACCACUAAGGGAAGCAAAUCGAAUUCUUCAACCAAAGGAGGAAAGUCGACGACAACCACCACAAAAACCACAAAGACGUACACUUCCACCUCGAACGGAAGCUCUGUUCCUUCUAGUCAAACGACAACGACCAUAACCACUUCUAAUGAUGGUCAGACCACGGUUUCUUCUGAUCCUGUUGUUGAAGUAACUCAGGGUUCCUCUUCAACUGAUGAUGGAAGUUCUUCAAGCUCGACCACUAAGGGAAGCAAAUCGAAUUCUUCAACCAAAGGGGGAAAGUCGACGACAACCACCACAAAAACCACAAAGACGUACACUUCCACCUCGAACGGAAGCUCUGUUCCUUCUAGUCAAACGACAACGACCAUAACCACUUCUAAUGAUGGUCAGACCACGGUUUCUUCUGAUCCUGUUGUUGAAGUAUCUCAGGGUACCUCUUCAACUGAUGAUGGAAGUUCUUCAAGCUCGACCACUAAGGGAAGCAAAUUGAAUUCUUCAACCAAAGGGGGAAAAUCGACAACGACCACCACAAAAACCACAAAGACGUACACUUCCAGCUCAAACGGAAGCGCCAUCCCUUCGACCAGUGAAUCCACAACGACCAUAACAACUUCGAAUGAUGGUCAGACCACGGUUUCAUCUGAUCCUGUUGUUGAAGUAACUCAGGGUAGCUCUUCAACUGACAAUGGAAGCUCUGGAAAAUCGUCCUCAACUUCGACAACAACGACAAGCACGACCUCCUCUGAAGGACAAUCAUCCAUUUUGUCCGAUCCUAUUGUUAAAGAAACUCUGAGUGCCUCCGAGAGUAAUGGAAAAACCGUCAAGUCUUCUAAGAGAACGACAACGACAAGCACGACAGGUGGAAGUAAUAGUUCCAGUUCCCCAUCCAAAGGUGGAAAAUCAAGCUCAACGACAACGAAAACCACAAAAACAUACUCUACGGAUGCUUCAGUCGUCCCGAAAUCAAAUGGAAAAUCUAGUUCCAGCUCCACUACAACAACUACAACUGUUACCUCGAGCUUUUCCUCGGCUCCCAAAACGGAAACCACAUACUCCAGUUCCAGCUCAUCUAACCCUGGCUCCAGGAACUCUUGGACCAAGCGGACGACAUCCACAAUCACCACAAAUAGUGGUGGCGAUAGGGGCAUAAAUGGAGCAGACUCAUCUAGUUCCUGGUCGAAGCUGAUCAAGGGAUCCGCAUCAGGGUCCUUGGAAGGUGGUGAGGCUAGCGGUAGUUUGUCUAUUGUAGGUCCCGGUGGAUCUGAUGGCUCUCAGUCAUGGUCCCAGCGAUCAGCAUUCUCCAGUGACGGCUCUCAGGGCCCAUCAGGCAUCCAAAUCCGCUUUGGCCAAGACCAGAACAGCCAGGACGAGCAGUCGCAGGACACACAAUCCUGGACAGGUAGGUCCGCCGGUGACAGUGAAAUAUCAGACGGUGCUGCCGCAAUCGAAAACGGACAGAAUAUUGGAGUGUCGGCUGGCUCCGGCGAGGGAGGUGCCGUGGAAGGAGGAUCCGUGAAUGGACAGUAUCCCUACUGGGGAUGGGGCAACCGUUGGGUGGGCGUGGGUGCCAGGCCCAAUUGGAGAUAUAGAUGGAGUCCCUAUAGAACCAGUUGGGGUGGCUGGAACAAUCGUUAUUAGAACUGGUCCAUUGGAUUGAGGGUUGA